CUGGCAAAUAAAAUGCACGCAACGGCAUUCAAGCAACAAACAUUUUUCUAUGAUUUCGAUGUUUUUGUUGUCAGGUGUUCCACGAUUUGUUGUCCUCCCACGCCACAAUGACCAUGCUGAUCGAUCCUCGCCGUGCCGAGAAAGUGCAGCGAUACAAGCAAGUUGACCCUGCCAAUCAGGGGGCCGGAGUAGGAGACGACCUCAUGCCCGACUAUAUGAAUAUCCUCGGUAUGAUAUUCUCGAUGUGUGGGCUAAUGAUGAAGUUAAAAUGGUGUGCCUGGCUGGCAUUGUACUGUUCCUGUAUAAGCUUCGCAAACUCCCGGAUCUCCGACGAUGCCAAACAAGUGUUGUCCUCCUUUAUGCUGAGCGUCAGCGCCGUCGUGAUGUCCUACCUGCAGAACCCUACGCCAAUGACACCGCCCUGGCAAUCGAUGUAACCGUACCGGUUCCUCCUCACACGGGCACAAAAAGCCAUUCGCAUGGCACCAAAGCACAAGAAGCACAGAUUAUUUAUAAGAAACCAUCGUUGUUGGACGGAACCC